UGGACACACGGGUAAUGGAAUCUUGCAGUUAACAAAUACUUUUCUUUUCGGAUUCGUGCUUUGAAUUUACAUUCCGGAAAAUCGAUGUAUUCUAUCUUUUUAGAUUUUGUGUUGGCUACAUAAACCCGGUGACAGAGAUAUGAAUGUAUCUACAUUUAUGUGCGUCGAGGUAGGUUUGUUUUUCAAAUAUAAGAGAAAUGCAGGGAUUCGUGCGGCUUGAGAAGACAAACUACAACACUUCACAACAGUCAGCUAACGCAAGAGGCAUUAAAUAAUUAAACUUGAGAACCCGUGCGAAACCAGAUGAAUUGACUGCUCUGAUCGCAAACUGGUUGCAUAAAAUGUUACGAAGACUGUUCGGGACUUUAUCAGAAGUGUGGGUCUUGCAUGUGCACGGCAAGGCACCUUAAGCCCCUUGGCAAUAACCGAGUGAGUAGUUUGUCCUGGAUGGUCGCGACCGGCUUUACGGAAGCAAAGGAUGUUGUAGGCGCAUCUCAACUUAUUUGAAACGGAAAGAAAGUGGGAGAAACACAGCGUAGUACCGCUGAAUCUGACUAUUCACCUGGAUCGGGCAAUAUAUCGAUACAUUGCAUAAUAUUGUUGGCUAGUAUAGAAUGAUACAUAACAUAGGCGAAAUAGAUAAAAAUUAAAGUCGCCCACAUGCGCUGGAUCAAUCGUUGGAUUGGGGAACGGAAUCAGAAGAAGGUGGAAGAGGUGAGUUCAAAUUCCUUACAGGCUGGUGGAAGAUGGCGGAGCGGUGCUGCCGGAGGUGUUGAGAGCGAAACUUCGGGGCGCCUUGGAUUUAUUUGCGAACAUCUCGAUUCGGACCGUAGGACACAUGCAGGCCAAAAAACGAUAUUUAAUUUUGCUCUCCAUCGGCGCAUGUCUUGUUCUACUGUUCGUCUUUGGGGGUUUUCAAGUCCCAACGUCCAGCAGGAAUCCAAGCCGGCGAGACGACCGCAGCCGCAAUGGAUACCACCCGGAUCAUCAUUGGCCACACUUCUCGGACGCUUUACUACCGUUUCUUCCUUGGGAUCAAGGGGAUACCGAGGAUUACAACAUCCACGUAUCGCCGAAGCAGAAAAGAGACAUAAAUUCGAGUGUUUACAAAGGCAAACGAUGUCGCAUGGAUUCCUGCUUUGAUUUCUCUCUUUGUGAAAAGAACGGUUUUAAAGUUUACGUUUACCCCCAGCAGAAGGGUGAAAAGAUCUCAGAAAGUUACCAAAACAUUUUAUCGGCCAUAGAGGGGUCUAGAUUUUACACAACAGACCCAGGGCAAGCUUGUUUGUUCGUCUUGAGUCUGGAUACUCUAGACCGGGACCAACUAUCGCCGCAAUAUGUUCACAGUUUAAAAACUAAGAUUCAGAACUUGCAUUUCUGGAACAACGGUAGGAAUCAUCUUGUAUUCAACCUGUAUUCGGGCACAUGGCCGGACUACACGGAAGAUUUGGGGUUCGAUAUAGGACAGGCCAUGCUGGCAAAAGCGAGCAUAAGCACGGAGAACUUCAGACCGAACUUCGAUGUAUCUAUCCCCCUUUUCUCGAAGGACCAUCCCAGGACAGGAGGGGAACGGGGAUAUUUAAAGUACAAUUCGAUACCCCCCUUCAGGAAGUAUAUGCUAGUAUUUAAGGGAAAGCGGUACCUGACUGGGAUUGGUUCAGACACGAGGAAUGCCUUAUAUCAUGUUCAUAACGGUGAGGACGUGGUUCUGCUCACUACAUGCAAACACGGCAAGGACUGGCAAAAACAUAAAGAUGCACGCUGCGACAGGGACAACGCCGAAUAUGACAAGUUCGACUACAGAGAGAUGCUGCACAACUCCACGUUCUGCCUGGUGCCACGCGGGCGUCGGCUCGGCUCAUUCCGCUUCCUGGAGGCUCUGCAGGCUGCCUGUGUCCCCGUCAUGCUUAGUAACGGCUGGGAGCUCCCUUUCUCUGAGAUCAUCAGCUGGAACAAGGCCGCUGUGAUUGGGGACGAGCGGCUCCUCCUCCAGAUCCCGUCAACAGUCCGGUCCAUCCAUCCAGACAAAAUCUUAUCUAUGCGGCAGCAGACACAGUUCCUGUGGGAGGCCUAUUUCUCUUCAGUGGAGAAGAUUGUAUUGACUACUCUGGAGAUCAUCCAGGACAGGUUAUUUGGGCACGCAGCCCGGAGCAGUCCGAUGUGGAACAGCCGGCCCGGAGGUCUCUUUGCUCCUCCCCAGUACUCUGCCUACCUGGGCCACUUCCCCUUCUUCUACUCCCAGCUGGGUAUCAAACCCUAUCCGAAGUUCACAGCGGUCAUCCACGCAGUGACUCCCUUGGUCUCCCAGUCCCAACCUGUUCUCAAACUACUGGUUGCUGUGGCAAAGUCACAGUACUGUGCCCAGAUCAUUGUCUUGUGGAACUGUGAUAAGCCCCUCCCUGCUAAACAUCGCUGGCCCUCAACCCCAGUGCCUGUGAUUGUCAUUGAGGGGGAGAGCAAGGUGAUGAGCAGUCGGUUCCAGCCCUAUGAGACGAUCGUCACCGAUGCAGUGCUGAGCCUGGACGAGGACACGGUGCUUUCCACCACUGAGGUGGAUUUUGCCUUCACUGUGUGGCAGAGCUUUCCAGAGAGGAUUGUGGGGUAUCCUGCUCGUAGCCAUUUCUGGGACAGCAACAAGGAGCGUUGGGGUUACACCUCCAAGUGGACCAAUGACUACUCUAUGGUGCUGACUGGAGCUGCAAUAUACCACAGAUACUACCACUACUUGUACACCAAUUAUCUUCCGACAAGCCUGAAAAGUCUUGUUGACCAGCUGGCCAACUGUGAGGACAUCCUCAUGAACUUUCUGGUGUCUGCUGUCACUAAACUGCCUCCCAUCAAAGUCACUCAGAAGAAACAGUACAAGGAGACCAUGAUGGGACAGGCCUCCCGCGCCUCCCGGUGGGCCGACCCGGACCACUUCGCCCAGCGACAGACCUGCAUGAACAAAUUCGCCAGCUGGUUUGGCUCCAUGCCCCUGGUCCACUCCCAGAUGAGACUGGACCCGGUUCUGUUCAAGGACCAGGUCUCCAUCCUACGCAAGAAGUACAGAGACAUUGAGAGACUCUAAUGAGCCCAGGCCCCACCCUCCCAUGGGGAAAGGGUGGGGUGCAGAUAGAUAUGGGGAUUUGGGUAGGGAGAGGUGAGAGGACAGGUCAGGCUGCCAUAUGAACAGAGGGCCCUGUAGCUCUGUCUCCCUCUCCUUCAGUCAGCCUCGCCUGUGAUCGCCAUUACUACGAUGACGGCUGUGUCAGUGGAGCUGACGCAAGAACACGCGCACACACGCAUCGCUGAUCGCAGGACUUCUGGUAGCCCUUUUUACUUUCACAAAUAGCAAAUGCAACAGAGAUGUAUGAAUGAGUCGUCCCGGCACAGACAGAUCAUGGUUAAAGGUAGGAAGUGCAUCUGGUUCAGUGCAGUGUUCUCCCUUUCCGAAAAUUUGUGCCCCGUUCUGUUAACUAUGCAGAGUUAUUUCGGAGAUCUAUGCUCUGUUACUUUCAUACGUGCCCUUUGUUUUUCUUUGGCCAGCAAUAUUUGUGUCUCUUCCACAGAACUCCCGAGUUCGUAUGCCUAGUGCCAUUCCUGGGAUAUCACUUUUUCCACUGUAGAGCUGGAACCAGGCAAGUGUAUUAUACACCUUUUUCCACUGUUGAGCUGGAACCAGGCAAGUGUAUUAUACACCUUUUUCCACUGUAGAGCUGGAACCAGACUGACUUGCUUAGUUCAGACUGUGGUCAUACAGGCCUAUUUUACCAUGUAUUGGCAUCAGCUAACUUUGGCUCCAGUUUGAGGCUAGCCUGGAUGCAGCUUUAUCGUAAAAACCCAUAAGUUGUCAUUUUGGACAUCAUAAUAAUGUUGUUGAAGGUGCAAACAUAGCAAGACCUUUAGUAAUGGAAUCUACAUUAAUCUCUCAUGACUGGCAAACGCCGGGGUGCCCAGUCAUGUGCCAUGAAGGGCAGAGAGUAUGCUGGUUUUCAUUGCAGCCUAUCACUAGACAAGCUGAUUUCACCACUUAAUUCCCUUCUCUCUGGUUGAAGGUGUGUUAAUUAGUGAAAUCAGCUGGUGUUGUGAUGGGUUGGAAUGAAAACCUGCAUGCUCUCGGCUCUCUGUGGCACGUGAUUGGGCACCCCUCGUCAAAAGCAUUGUUGGACUGACAAAGGUAUUUUUUGUUGUAUUUUCAUUAGAAUUAUACAAAGGAACUUUAUUUUAAUUAGACACUUUGGGGCUGUUAUUGUAGUGAACUGACAUUGUAUUCCCAUCACGAUCACACCCACAAAAGCCUUUAGGUCUUUGCUUGGCUGGUCUCAAACUGAUUGCUUAUAAAGCCUUCCGAAUGUUAUGGAGACUUGAACUUUAGCUUAAGCAUUAAAUGAGCUGUGAAAUGCCCCCCACACCAUCCUGCCCACCCCCAACACCCCACCCCCCCGCCACAGUUCCUCAAUGAAAUGUCCUCAUGGUGAACACCUUUCUGUCUGUAGAGGGGAUGCAAAAGUCAAUCCAUCCAAUCUUUGCUUACCUUUAAAUUUAAGAAAAAUCCCAAAUUUUCAAAUGUGAAAGCCCACAGACAAGCGGGAGGUCCCCACUUAAGUGAAAUGACAUGUACAUAGUAUUGUCUCUACAGUCUUCUAACUGGAGUCACUUAGCUGAAUGCAAAAAGGGAAUCUUUUGGCAACCUUGUUGCCCCAAUUUUUGUUUGUUUAUUUAUUUAUUUUUUUACUUUACGUAAUGUUUGUUUUUCUCCCAAGUGGCCAGACUCAACUCCACCACACAUAUUGAGAGGUGAGAAUUUCAAUCACGUUACAACUUUAGAUUUUUCCAAACUAUCAAUUACGGUUGUAUGGGUUGCAUGUAAUGAUGGAACAUUUAAACAAAGGCAGAGGUCUCAUUCCACUAAGCUGCUUCUGAAAUGUAAAGCAACACUUUCUGUACAGAGCAUGUCACACAGCUGUCUCAUAACCCCACAUAUGAAUGUUAUAAACCUUACGCUGGUCCUAAACAUUUCUUCACCUUUAUCCAAGUCCAUCGCUGCAUCCCAGACACAAACCUUUCGAUGGUCAUGUGAUUGCGGUGAUGUUGCUCUUUCACUACACAUAGUCUGUCUUAUUUUUGCCUACUGUUUAUAAUUGCAUUUCAAGGGACGGUUUCUAAGACGGUUCCGUUUUUAGUCUAAGAAAUUUCAAAGAAAUAUUUCAAGAGCGGGGGCUUAUUUUAGUCUUUGCUUUCACUGGUACUUGAAUGUUUGAGGACUUGAAGGUGUGCCGUGCAAAGUGGCCUUUUUUGUAAAGGCGUCUGGCUUUAACUUUAAGCAGCAGUGAGCAAAUGCCAUAUCUAGUUUGUUGCACUGUUAUUGUAGAUUUAUAGGUUUAUAAAAUAUGCAACCAACAUUAACUUGCCAAUUAAAUUGCUUCCUGUUAUUCUGAAUUCACAUUACAAAUUAAUGCCUUUACCCAUCUACUUUACACAAACAAAUAAUGUAUGUGAUAUGGCUUUUUGCUUGUCACAAGAAUUCAAAACUCAUAUUAGGUUAUUCAAGAGGAAGUUCAUCAAUGGACAGAGGUUUUUUUUUUUGUUUUUGUUUUUUUUUUGGGAAGACAUCCCUUAUCUGUUUGUAAUUGAAAUUAUUGUCGUCAUUAACUUUGCCUUUGUCAUGAUUCAUUUAUUAUCCGGGAAGGUAUCUUCCAUUGUUAUUUUUCUGUGAUGUAGUAGAUCUUGGAGUUCCUUGUGUGAUCAAAGUGUAAUGCUUUAAUAUUGAAGUAUUGAAUAGUAUGCUUGAAUGAACUCCAAUGUCUUGCAUAAAUCAGUCAACAAAAAAAUACAUUUAACUAUAUUGGUUGUUUUGAACCAAUUGCUCACAUCUGAUUAAUAUUUAUGGUCAGUACCCCUUUAAUCACCUUACUUUCUGAGAAAUAUCAAGCCUUUUUAAAUCUGAAUUUCAUAUACAGUAGAUGUGCAAAAUUAGAUGUAUAUUGUAUGCUUAUUGGAUCAUCUUAUAUCAAUGGGUCCCAUAAGCAGCCUUUUUUUUUUUUUUUUUACAUUUAUAUUGUUAUGCAUAUUUAUUUUCACAGAGGAACAAAAACAAAUCAAAAGCUCAAAUAUGUAUACAGUGUUAUUCUUGAAAUGAGUGUAGUAUUUUCAUGACUGAGGGAAGAGUCAAUCAAAACAAGGUAUCUUCAUUUUCUUUUUGGGUCUUUUGAAGCCCCCACUACGCUGCCAGGAUUCAACUAUUUUUAUUUAAUUUUGCCCCUUUUUGCAAUGGGAUUACCCCCACUCAAACCAUUUAUGUCUUUGGUGCAGUUGUAACCUGGGAAAGCUUAAUCAAAGAUAGUAAUGGUAUUUUUAGCUGCAGUCUGAAUAUUUAUGUAUUUAGGUGGAUCACCAGGUCUGUUCUAAAAAUGUAUUCCCUUGAUAUAGACACAUUUCUUCAUAGCAAACCUACCAGAUGGAUAUCUAGUGUUGUAGAAUGAAAUAAUCUUUUAUGUUUUUUCAUUAUUUCUCAUCUGUUCCCUUAAAUUACAUGAUUCUGUUGGCACAGUAGAGAUUUGUACCAUGACAGUCCCACUCUAAUGUUACCUGGAACUGAUUUUCAUCAGGCGAACACAAAGAGCAUACCGCUUACCUGAAUCCUCAGUCCUGCAUAUUUCCAUAUCUUAAUGUUUAUUCAUAUUUGUUAGAUAUUUUCUUUGAGGGCAGUACUGAGGAAUGGGAAACGCCAAAUGGAAGACCUUAAAUAAUCACUUCUUUAUAGUUGUCUCCUUUUCUCUCUGAUGUAUUUCAUCGAAAUGUGCGUCUCAUCUCUGCACUGGCAUUUCACUGUCACACUGAUUUUUAUGCAUUCAGUCAUUUCACUGCUAAAGCUGAUUUCAUCUGCCCACCAUAAGCUUUUUCUGUGGGCCAGUCAAUUUAAUGGCAAUGUGCUUCGGAGCAUUAAAAUAUCUCAAAUAUGCCAUGAAUUCCUUACUUAGACAGUUAUCUCAACUUUCAAAAUAGUGAGUUAUACUUCCUGAAAUUGCUAGGAAAGUGAUGAUAAAGCCGUUGUUUUGGAAACGAGUCGCAAGUGCUCUAUACAGUACACAAGCGCUCUUGUUUUCCAAUUUUUACUUUGUGUACAUUUUUAUUUAUUUGUUUGUGUAUUCCAUUUUUUUUUUCUGCAGGUUGAAAAUCCAAACAAUGUCUGACUUGCUAAUCAUCUGGCUUUUUCAAGGGACAGUGGCAGUUUGUGUUUAAUUUUUUUAAUUGAAAAAAAGGGUGAAAAAAACAGAUCAUAAGAAGCACACCAUUCUGUAAUGAGAAGGUAUUGAUAUGUACAUUUGACUGUGCUAUGUAACUACCGUGACGAGUCUGAGUCAUGGUCCAUAUGCGUUAUAUGCUGCAAACUGCUGCAAGUACAUGAGCGGGUUUUCAUGCAUUGCUGUUGCAAGCUGGACGAAAACAAAGAAAGCUGAAGAUUCAAUGGCGAUCGAUUGGUUUUGGUUUUGGGAUGUAUAUUCUUUCGGGUUUUUUUUCUCCCCAUCUUCUCUGUUUAAAAUGUGCCUUCAGUGAAAGACACUUCAGAUUUCCACUUUCAACAGGAAACUCGGCGCACCUCCUCCAAUUUGUCCAAGAGUUCAGAUAUUUUGCUUUUUAAUCUGCCUUCCGGAAAAAAACACAAGGGUUAUUUCGUUUACCAUGUCCAGCACUGGAAUUUUUUUCUUUUAUUUUUUAAUGAGCAUACCCGCAUUCCAUAUCACUGCAACAAGAGCUGCUCCCUGUGUCACAGAAGAUCAUACCCACAGUUGAAAUGGUUAGACCCACACAAGUUCAGUGGCCAGCCCUGCUUGGGAUGCAUUCAUUCAUUAUGGUUCCACUAUUUCCAGAGACUUAUCAGACUUAGAGACUUUGCAGAUUUAAUUUGAUUUCUGCUACUCCCUGCCCACCCCAUAGCCCUUGAAUUAAAAAAAUAUUUUAUAGGGAUAAAGGAAGAAAAUAGAAAAAUCCAAAUUUUGUAAGAAUGAUUUUUUUAAGAAAAUAAAUCAUAUUUGAUAA